AACAUACUGUACCCUCCUCUGACUUCACCUCACAUAAUUUAGAUUUCACACCGCCUCUCUCUUCUUCUCCCUCUCUCUCUCUCUACAUGAAAAUUUGAGUAUUUCACACAUUUGAACGCGCUUCGAGGGAUAGCAGAGGUAGCCAUGGGAAAAUGCACGAAGAAAGCAAAGAUGGCGCCUGACGUAGCCCUCACGGAUGUAUCACACUCCUACCUCGGUAUCCGCACCCACACCAAAGCCCUAGCCCUCUUUCACCGCCUUCCUUCCGCCGCCGCCUUGAAAAAAUCCAUGCAGCCGCAGAAUUCACGACGUAGCUACGGUUGCAGAGUUGAAGAAGACGCCGAAAUUGGAAGGCAUCAGGAGUUUUCGCCGCCAGAUUCAGCUCAAGGAGAAAAUAAUUUGGAUUCUGAUGUUCGACAAAGUUCCACCGGGGCCAUAACUACGACGAAGCAAGCAUGUUCGAGUCGAAUGACACAAAACGCAUUUGUUAGGAUCGCUCCUCCUGCGCAUGAACUCGAGGAGUUUUUCGCCCACGAGGAGCAAUUGGUACAGCGCCGUUUUGUCGAAAAGUACAAUUUUGACAUUGUGAAAGAUAUGGCGCUGCGUGGACGCUUCGAAUGGGUAGCAGUAAGGCCAUAAAAUAAGAGUGUUUAUUUGGAAGAAAGUAGGGCUGUUGUUUGGUCACUAACAGUAUACAUGUAGGAAUUCCCUAGGAAGUGUAAUCAAUCACUAAGCUUGCUUAAGUUUCCCACCCUUGUAAAUACGUACUUCAUGUGUAAUUUUGCUUUAAGAUCCAAUAAUAAUGCUUCCUUGAAAA